AUGGUGGUGGUGGUGGUGGUGGCCACGCGUGUCGGGAUGGUCCUGGACGAUUGUUAUUGUCAAUCCUAUUUUGGGCUCUUGCUACUGGUCUAUUUGGUAAUCUCUCAGCAGGUGGAUUUGGUGGUGCAUGAGGUGUUGGUGGACGUGGUAACACUGGCGAAAGAAGUGUCCGUAGAAGUCAUACCAAGCAUAAUCUAUCUAACAAUUCAAGAGUUUCACGAGUUAGCAGGAAAGUACAGAGACGCAUUCACAGCCUAUAAAACUGACUACUUUUCUGAACGUGGAAAGUUUCAAGAAUUUACAUCAAACAUUAUUGCCGUCGCCAACAAUCUGCACACGUGUAUAGAGUCUACAGAAAAGUAUAAGCAACAAAUUCGUCUCUCGAUGGAAGGAGAACAGAAUUCAGUGGCUCCUAUGGCAACGCCGCUUUCUUCUGGAAGGCGUACCGCUGUCAGUCAACAACAGUUGAUUGAGAAUAUGGAUGCGUUGAACACGAAAUGGAGUAACGCAGCUUCUGUGGCAGUCAAUUACCUUCGAGAAGAAGUUCAAACUGACAUUGCUCCUAGUCUUGUUGAGCUGUUCUCCAAAAAAUGGUUGACUGGAAGUGCUGCCCUGGAGACUAUUUGUAUGACUGUCUCGGAUUACUAUCAUGAUCACAAACAUUUGCGACCAGUGGCGAGAACCGCGUUGCUUAUGGAUCUACAGUUCAGAAUCGUCAGCGAAUAUUUGAAAGCAAUUGAAACAAAACGUCUAACAUUCACCACUUACGAAGAACGUGCGACUGCUGGAAAACGCAUGAAAUCAGAUGUUUCUCGAUUGGAUAAUCUCUACGCUGAAUUUGCUAGUAGUGACGAUAUGGCAGAUCAGCUACCACUUCUUACAUCUAUCGUUGCAUCAGCUGGAGAUGUAAUUUCCUUGAAGGAUAAAUCUCUUCUUUCUCUUGAAGCUACAUCUUUUGCCCGGAAGUUCCCAAAUUGCCCUGCCGAGUUAUUGGCCGCAGUUCUUGCUACCCGUGAUGAUGUCGGUAGAAGCGAUGCACGAAGUCUUGCUGACGAAGUCCUCCAACAUGUCCAAUUCCACCCGAAAGAUCAAAUUUUCGAUCAGUUGUUUGCUCUUCGUCAACAAGAAAGUUCCGAAUGGCUGCCGAACAUUGGAAUGGCAAAUGUUUUCAAAUCCGACUUCAUCUCUAGACUAAAGAGAGAUGUGUAA